CGCCCCGCAGGAAGUCGUCCCUGCAGGAGGGGGCGCUGGCGUCGCUGUCGACGACGAUAGCAGAGCUCUUCCAUCUUGAUAGUGAGCGGGCCGACCGAAGCUCAUAGGGCCACAGCACACAACAGCGAGCAGCAACGACGAGUUGGAUGUGUGUAGUUUAGACAGUUGAUUGGGCCUCUGUGCUGCUGAGUGGUGGUGGGCCAGCCAGAGUGGAGCAGAUCGCUUCAGCGGUGUGUCUGUCUGUCUGCCCAGUGAACAACAGCAGCAGCAGCAGCAGCAGCGGCGGGUCGUCGUUCGUCGCUGGCCGAAGUGACGUGCACACGCAGCGGAGUACACCGCCGCCGUUCGUGCUGAUUGUACUUGUAGCACCGCCACCGUCGCCGCCAGCCGUGGACUGCAUCGGACAACGAACAUGUCGAGGUUCGAGCAGCAGCAGCAACAGCAACAAGGACACGCGGUGGGAUCGGGGGGCGGGGUUGUCGCCACAGUUGCUGCUGGCACCCUACUGUUUACACACAACAAUUCGACGGCAACUGCGACAACAACAACAGCAGGUGCAGCAGCAGCAGCAGGCGGCGGUGUCACAUCGGGAGCCACAAACACAACAACCGUUGGCGGCUCGAUCGUGCACGUGGUUCAGCCUAAAGCGGAACCCCUUGACGAGGACGCUCUCGACCACAAUCAGAAUCACCCGAGCCACCCGGGUCACCCCCAGCCCCACCCGGUCGCCGUUACAGUGUCCACGGCGGCACCAGGAGCAGGUGGUGGUGGCGCAAUCGUUUCCUCGGUACCUACUUUGGCCGUAUCGAUUGUCGCGAGUUCGUCGGCGACAGGUGGCGGUACCCCUGCAGCGGUAACAGCAGCGGUAGCCGGCGCCGGCGUAACGACCACUCUCACAAACAGCGCUGCGAUCAGCACUGCCCCCGCAGGCAACAACAACAACAGCGCCGCACAGCAAGAUCCCCACGCUCAUCAUCCACACAACAACCACCCACACACCAUAUAUAGGAUGAGCGAAGACGGAUCGAAGUUGAUGGGUGCGCUGAAGGCCGCCGGUGGUGCCGCGGGGGAAGGGGGUCAACUCGUUGGAUUCGAAAUCACAACGGGCAGCGGCCAAGCUACGGGCGCAGCACAGCCGAAUAACGCUAUCGCACAAGCGAUGGCCGCAGCAGAACAGGACACGGAGGCGGAGGCGACCGGCGGUGGAACCACCCAGCAGCUGGUGAUUCACGCCGCCGAUGGUGGCGAGGUCACUAGUGAACAGGUGGCGGCAGCCGGAGGCCAGUUUCUCGUUACGACGACCCUACAUGUGUGCGCCAUUUGCGGCAAGGCGUAUACACAAAAGGACGGCCUAGACGAGCAUAUGCAGACCCACGCCUCCAGGCUGUACAGCUGCAGCUUGUGUGGCGCCAUCUUCAUCGACAAGUCCCAUCUCGACGUGCACAUGCGCAGCCAUUACGCCCAACAAGGUAAGCCGGAGACUAAUCAGACGGUAACGAUAGCCGAGGAGACGGCUGCGGAGGUUUCAGCGCAACCAGCAGCGGUCGCGGCAACUCAGCCAGCGGGCGCAGGGGGUGCGGGAACCGGGAAAAGUAAAAAGCGGCCCUUCGUCUGCUCCGAAUGUGGAAAGGCGUUCCGGCGACGCGAGCACGUCGAGCGGCACAUGCGAAUGCACACUGGCGAACGCAACUUCGUGUGUACCUCUUGUGGCAAGACCUUCUCACAGAAGGUUCAUCUUGAGAAUCACCUGCGUAUUCACACGGGCGAGCGCCCGUACACCUGCCAGGUGUGCGGUAAAUCGUUCCGCCGUAAGGAGCACAUCAGCCGCCACAUGAAAACUCACACCGGAGAGCGGCCCUUCGCGUGUUCCAUGUGCCCAAGGACAUUCUCGCAACGCGCACAUCUUCUCAACCAUGCGACAAUCCACUCGGGUGAAAGGCCCUACGCCUGCGGAUCCUGUGGAAAGACGUUCCGACUGAAGGACCAUGCCGAGCGACACGUCAAGACCCACCUCCAACAGCAACAACAACAGUUGCAGCAGCAACAACAGCAGCAGCAACAACAACAACAACAACAACAGACGACAACAAUGCAAAUUGUCGAGGUGCAGAGCGCGGAAGAUGCCGCGGCCGAUCAGGCACAGGGCGCUGUCAUCGAGGUCCAGGACGGACAGAUCAUCACAACGACGACGCCACAGACCGUGGCGACAUCCGUUGCACAACAACAACAACAACAACAACAACAACAACAGACACAGGAAAUUCAGGCGCAGCAACAACAACAGCAGCAACAAGCGGACCCAAAUCAUACGAAUUCGCUGCUCAGCGAGGCAGCCCAGCAGGCUGAGAUACCUCAGGUUGAUGAGGACGAGACCCAGCUGGAGACGCCGCUGAUGGUUCACGACGCGACGGGAGUAGCGACCGUGCACGAUGUUCAAAUGGGCGUGCAUGUUCAGAUGGCAGCUGCAGUUUCAACGACCGCGCAACUGCAGGCCGUACCGGUAGUGCAGGCCGUCCAGACUAUACACGACGCCCAACCAGUGACCGGCGUUGAGGAGGGUCUCGAAACCCUGCAACCCGUCGCGCCCGUACAGCAGUUACAGACGGUCCAGCAGGCCCUUCCCCCAGAGGAGCAAGGUGGAGGAGAUAAGAUGGUUGUUGUUGAAGAUAGCAAAGAACAGCUACGCAACCAGGUCGCUACAACCACGCAGCUGAUACAAGGAGCCAACGGACAGAUGAUCCAGGUGCAGGUGCCCGCUAACAACAAUAACAACAACAAUAAUAAUAAUACAACAACGAAGCAACAGACGACAGCAGGUGGCCAAGUUGUCGUUACAUCCGAACAACAGCAACAUCAGCAGGUUGUUGAAGAAUCAUCUGUCGUUACUAGCCAACAUCAGCAACAACAAGUGGUCACGCAAGUGGUAACUCAAUCAAGUACAACAGCGCCUACGGCGAGCACUACGACAGAUCACAGUAUUCACAGGUGUCCAUUAUGUCCGUACGUGACAACAAGUGUAAACGACUUUUGCAAGCACGUAGUGUUACAUGCAGAGGCCCGAAGCGACCCCGAGCCCGCCCAAGAACCGGCUUCGGUCACGAUCCAACCGGCAGUAACACAGGUUACAUCCGCUGCCGAUAAACCCCAAAUCACGAUCGUAGCCUCAAGCGGAAACGCGCCAGGCCAAACUAUCACGCAGUUUACCACAAAUGGACAACCCCAGCAGCCGCAACCAACGACCCAAUACAGAUGUGGUGUGUGCGGUGAAUUGUUUACGGACAAUGGCGUCUUGCAGAAUCACCUGCGAAGCCAUCAAGAGACGACGACUCGACUAUUCAGCUGUUCAUUGUGCGGGGUAGUGUAUGCCAACAGGCAACAGCUGGAAACGCAUAUGCAGACACACAUGAGCCAACAGGCCGCCGCUCCCACAGGAACUGUCACACUGCAAACGGCAGCAGCAGUGGCAGCUGCCGCAGCGGCCCAGCAAACAACAAAUGUUGGUGGGGGUCAACCCGCGCAAGCAGCAGCGGCAGCGGGUGGCCAAGUGGCCGGCGGAGGACAAGCCGCCGCUCUCAACGGUGAAACGAGGCAAGUCCUUAUCCAGACUGCGGGCGGGGGCUGGAUCAUGAAGCAGGAGCCUUCAACAACGGGGGCUCCUUUAACAGGGGGCCUACCAACCCUGCCAAACUCUCUAUCGGGCUCCCUUCCGGCCGGGGUGACGGUGGGUCCUGUGCCCGUGGGACCCGUAGCCGUGGGGGCCAGUGCCAGUGGCCAAGUGUCUGUAGGCGGCGACGCCAUGAGUCCAUCGAAGCCCAAAGAAAGACCAUAUCCAUGUGCGACAUGUGGUAAGACGUUUUGUCAGAAGGCCCAUUUGGAGAACCACCUCCGGAUUCACACCGGGGAGCGGCCGUUCGCCUGCUCCAUGUGCGGGAAGGCAUUCAGGCGCAAGGAGCACAUCGGACGUCAUAUGCGAAUCCAUACCGGCGAACGGCCCUUCUGCUGCACCCAUUGUGGCAAGCGUUUCUCGCAAAAGGUCCAUCUGGAGUCACACAUUCGUAUCCACACCGGAGAGCGGCCUUUCUCAUGUUCGGCGUGCGGCAAGACGUUCACCCGAAAAGAGCACAUCGAGAGGCACAUCAAGACACACACAGGUGAACGCAUGUUCGUUUGUUCUCAGUGCGGAAAGAGCUUCAAUCAAAAGGCUCAUCUCGAGUCCCACAUGAGAACACAUACGGGAGAAAGACCGUAUACAUGCGGCUCUUGUGGGAAGACCUUCCGACAGCGCGUGCAACUCGAGAGACACGCGAGGACCCAUGUCGCUACAGGCACUGAGGGUAUCCUGACGACGGCCGGAGGGCAGCAGGUAUUGACGGUGGCAGCGGUUCCAGGCCAGCAGGUGGCCUUUGUGGCCGACCCCAACCUCAUACAGCAGCUGCAGUCCGCAGACGGCCAUACUACCAUAACCAUCCCCGCCUGCACCUUAUGUGGUAAGGCAUUCUGUAACCAUAUGGACGCGCAGCAAAAACAGCUCAUUGCCGCCGCUGCCGCACAGGGCGCCACCGUGCAGGUUUUGACCGCUCCAGGACAGCAUUUAGUCCAAGAGGGCGGUCAGCUUCAGGUGGUGGAGGCGGCGGUUGUGGGUGGAGUGGCCGGGGUCGGUGCUAUCGGGGCAAUAGCCGAGGGCACACAAGACGCUGUAGCACAGGCGGUAGCGCAGGCGACGGGGCUCGAACAGCACGAGGUUUCUGUGCAGGGCAUGUCCGUGCAGGAGCAGGUUGACAAGGCCAUCAGUAACGCCGUUGCCUGAGGUCUACCAGCGGGACUUCUUUAAAGAUGCCCGCAUGCCUGUAACUGCGUGCGUGCGUCGCCCAACGUUUUUCUCUGCCUCGUACACCAUCUGCCCGAACGAAGUAGCGCAUAACAAGGAAAGUAGGCCUAACACCUUACUAGCGACAAUACCUGUUCGACAACCAUCAAUCGAUACAAAUAUGUAUUGAGAACCGACACAAUGUUGAACAUAAAGAAGAAAACAACGGUUACGGCCAGCAUGAAAACAUGAAGUCAGGAUACCGGAACGUGGUGUUGGACUGGAAGGUAGAUAAAGGCAAAGAAGAUGACAAAAAUUUUGAAAAAUUUAUGACUCAAAAUUCAGCUACAUUAUUAUUAGUAUCGAAAAUACGAACAGCUACUGACACCACAGAAGUGCGUUCAAGUAUAGGCAAUGACUGGGCUCUUUGAGGGCGGGAUUACGUGACAGCGACAGUUUGCAGCAGUUAUAAAUACAUUAAUUUGUAUAUAUAUAUAUAUAUAUAUAUACAUACAUAUAUAUAUAUAUAUAUAUAUAUAUAUAUAUAUAUAUAUAUAUAUAUAUAUUCAUCAUAAACAUACUGAAGCACACAAGGAGCACCUGUCUGCAGCUGAAAUACACGAGCAGUCUCGCCCUAAAGCAGCAACGUAAGCAAUGUCGACGACAACAAGAAUAACUGCGGCGACAUUAACGGGCCACAACGACAAAUAAAUAUCAGACUUGAACAGGUCAAACAUGAUAAAGAUGAUAUCGUUUGAGGCGGAUGAUAAAAACGAUGAAAAUGAUGAGAAAUGUCGGAAGGAAUCCCGGACGGCUAGGCGAGCGACACACGAGUGGAGCCGUCCGUCGUGUCGAGAGCAAGUGCCUACAACACCCAGCUUAUCGAGAUGUAGUAGGUCGUCCACGAAGGGGGUAACCGCAAAUCCCUAAGGGACAACUAACUUCGAAUCGAUAUUUUGGGAGAGAACGAUGGUGAUGGUGAUGUUAAGAAAAACAAUGAGAAGCGACGUUACUAAAUUCGUAAAUAUUGCAGUAUCGUCGGUGUGUGCGAACUCUUGCCCCGCGGAAUUAGGGUUUAGGGCCAAUUUCAACGUAGCAGACCAUUAUACAUGUACACAAACAGCCGAGGAGAUAUAAGGUGCAGCUGUCUGGCGAAUGUAGUCAUCCAGUUAUUCCUGCCUUCCCGACCGUUUUUGUUGCCUACCAAUUAAUGUAACGGUGGUCUCUGCUGUACAAUUUUUUAUGACUGGCACGAUUUUUGUGCAUAUACAUACAAUAUUAACUUGUAAUAUUCUGACGUGUGAGUGGCAUGUUUAUGCUAUAGCAUCUCUAAUAUUAACAUUAUUAUUAACUAUAAGUGUUAUUUUUCGGCUCAUUACAUUUUGUUGAAAUAUAUUUGCUGGAUUUACUUGCGGACGGCGGGAAGGUCCAAGAAGGGCUAUAUGUCUGCUCGCCAAGAACAACCAAGUUAAUAAGUCAAAAAACAGCGGCAACGUCCCUAAACUGAAAAACAACCUCAAAAUCUUGAAGGUCAAAACCUCUGCAAAAAAGCCACAGCCGAGACUUGUUCAUAGUAAUCGGGUGAAAUCACCGUUUUUUGCAUGCUCAUCUGAAUUGGUAUCGUAUUCGUAUUACUCACAUUAUCUGUAUUAAGUGAAAUAAAAUAGAGAGGAGAGCUUCGAAUAAUCUUCUCUUGACGCACUCGCUGUAGAUGUCACUUAUUUUUGUCACUUGUGUAUCGGUGGUUGCAGACCAUUUCUUUAAGCUCAGCUUCAUGCAGUUGUCUAGCUUUUUGUUGACAUGUCGUUACGUAAAUCAGAGAGCGGGCUCUUUUUUGGAAAACCAUUUUGCGUGCACAAUAUGAUUCCAGGUAUAAGGAACAAACUCAUUUUCUUGCUUGAUUAACAAUAUCGGCUUCGUGCUACAAUAUUACACGAUAAAUAAUCACGCAAUUUAGACACGUAACUGUUAAACCACACUUAACUAUUAAGCUACACUUAUUACUUAGUGUGGCUUAAUCGCUGGAAGGGCAGCAUUGUGGGAGUCUGAUUAGAAUUUGUCGAGUCUGAUUAGGAAGAUAGAAAAAUUGGAAAAAUUUUUAUACCUGUCUAGCCUUCGAUUCUCGGCCACUAACCGUAGUCUCCCAAGUAAUGUCUGCAUAUUUCAUUUCUCUACAACGAUGGCGAACGUAGUGUGUCUGUGAAAGUAGCAAAAGCAAGAAUCGGCGAUUUUGGAUAAAAAUAGUGGACGUGUGUCAGCUGAGGACAUUUCUUGAAUUUACCUUUAAGUGAUGCUGUUAUCUAUCAUGAAAAUACGUCAUCAGCACGGUCAGUAACACGAUGGCGAUGAGUUAAGGGUAAUAAUUAGUAUCAUGAGGGAAUGACGCUUGCAAUGGGAACAAAAGACCAGACGGCGGGCUGACGCGAAUCGAAUCGGAGACGAAGCACUUAAGUGUAACUCAUGCCAUUGACAAUGAUUAUAUAAUGCAAUCGCAGAGCGCCUGGUGUUACCAGGCUGUCAUUAUGUGACUAUCGAUAUUUCUAAUCGCCAUGAUGCUACGUUGGCGAUGAAAUGGCUGACGGCAAACUCACGAGACCGAUACCCUAAAUGGGGUUGCAUCGAGGGGUUACGACAAGCUGAGCUAAUGCGUCUUUGGCUGUGUGCUGUUCACUACACACCUUACCACCGUGAUCGUUCUAUACAAGAAUAACUAUCAAUCAAUCAGCUGGUAUAAACACAGACGUAGACAGCCCACACAAAUUAUAUAUAUAUAUAUAUAUAUAUAUAUAUGAUACAUAACUUGAUUGAGAAGUGAAGAGGAGUAAGUCGCCUACAAUUUGUCGGCUUUACUUUUUGAUUUCCUGAAGAAGUUAAUUAUUCAUAAUAGUAUGAGGAAA